AGUACAUAGAGGCGGGAUUAGAAGCCAUAAAGGAUACAUCGUGAUACAUAGGUACUACAUAGGGAGACAUGGGUAAUUUCAGCAUGUUGGUGGUGUGUGUUGCUGUGAUCUUCAGUCUGGUCUCAGUGAGUCAGGCGACUCCUGUUUCUCAAACCUGUGAGACUCUUCUGAAACCUCUAGAGAUGAAAACCAUAGACCCGGAGCCAGGACUUUGGUCAAAGUCCUCAUGGAUAACAUCUGGUCAGAGUUGUCACCAGGGCCACUCCCGAACAUGUUUAAAGUAACCUUUUAUGUAAAAAUGUUGGAUGGGACAUGUUCCAGUAGCAAUAUCAGUGUUGCCCUUGAAGACAACAAGCUCAACUGGACGUACAAUUUCCCUUCUUCCGCGGUCUUCCUGCCAACUUGUCCAGACUGUCUUUUGAACCAGAUUACAACCACCAUCAAUGGAAACAACUUCAUGUCUCUGGAACUCUACAGUAAGAGAAGAGAACUCUCCGCUGCUGAACUGUUUCAGUUCAAGACACAGGUUGCCUGUCUCAACUUGCCACAGGCAGUUUUCCUCAACUCUAAGACAGAACACUGUCCAGACACCACUGCAAGGAUUCCCAUCAUGGAAGAGAAGUACAUGGAGUUCAUUCAAUCUAUGGAGACCGAACCUCUCAAGGGAUUUUUUUCAGUAACAGAUUAUCUCAUUGAGAAGGCAGAAUGCCUGGGAUGGAUUUAAAGCAGGCUCAGUUAUCCUGGUGGACUGGAGCUUUCCAAUUGAUUCAGCUAAUAAAUGUCUUGGUGAGCAUCUAAUCUCACCAAGGGAUUUACUCAAGCAGAAUCACAUGGGUUUAACUGUACUCUGAAUGAAAGGGGAGUUGGUGAAACCAUUUAGACUUUUUGUCUUCAUAAAGAACCGCUUCACUAACCUUACAAAAUGAUGUUUUCUAAUGGAACUUAACAACACCUGAUGAAGGUCUGAGAUGAACUGUAAUAUCUACAGUGGCUGUGAUACUGUAAAAAAAUCUGUAGGUUUUCAACAGGUUGUAUGAACAGUUUUAUGCAUGAAAAUGAUACUAUACAUGAUGUGACUAGAGCUUCAUUCUGUGUCCUUAAAGGCCUUUCCGAUAACUACA